UACUGAUGUUCUUCAAAAAGAGGCUAAAUAGUCAACUUCCGGUUAAAUGAAAUUUUAGCAAUCUGUCCAGUUUUAACAAACUAUACCAAAUAUUAUUGACCUACAAGCAUUGCUUUGUAAUGUACAUAUCAUCUAGAUUGCAGAUAUACAUGUAGCUGUCAUAUAGAGAGACCUGAGUAUGGAUGGGGACGGGAAAAACGGCCAUGUCAAUCAAGGACUUGGCCAAGCUUUACAGACUAUAAACCUACCUGUAUCAUCAUUUAUUUCACAACAUAAUACUAACCCUGCGCACUCUGCAAAUGAGACUGUUGUUCUACAGAUACAACAAUUGCUUGAGCAGCUGAAUGGGCGGGGAUUGAACUCAAUGUUGGUGGUUGUGGACCCAGUGGGGAAUGUCAGUAUCCAUGGAUCCGAGAAGGGACAACUUUUCCUCAAGGAUAAUGCGGACAUUGCAGACAGAUUUGCUAAAAUAUGUUCAGAUGAUGUGUGGACAUUACUGGGAGCACAGAAACGGUUCCUGGAGAUUGGAAGACAACAGAACCACAACAAGUCAAAUGGGGACUAUCCAAUAGACUUCUCACAUGAGCGUGCCAAUUACUUCCCCACACAGACUAUAACCACAGAUAGAGGUGGACAGGACAAUGCUUUUGUUCAGGGAAUCUUGUCUCAAAGUAACCAAAACAAGUCAUAUCAGAAUAACCCGUUGUUUCAAACCCCUUUUGGUCAGUUUGAUUCUAGACAGAACAGUUCAACUUUCUUUCAAGGUGGUUUCAAUCAGGGAGUAACCGGCACAGAUGCAUAUCCACAGCCAAACUUUAUGUCUGGUAUGGAUGUUACUGCGAACAGUCAUAGUAAUCAAACUGUGGGUGUGCCGUCGCAUGCCAUAAGUAUAGUUCCAAGUGUUUCAGACAAGCCCAAUGGUAUGAAUCAAACUGAGGAUGACUUGAUUAAAGAGAUGUUGUCCUCUACUGCUAUUCCAGAGGGACUGACAAUCAAACCAGUUGGAAAUGCUAAGAAAUCUCCAAAAGCCAAAUUUGUGGAAAGUGACAAAAGUGACGCGGCAAAGAAGAAACGUGAACGACGGCCGGAAACUUGGCAAAGGAAUAUCAAGAAGAAAUUAAAAACAGAAGGCAGGGAGUAUGUGAAUGCCAAAGGAAAGUUAGUGCCAGCCAAAGCUAUGAGACCUGUUGAUUGUUCAAAGUGUAAGCAAAGAUGCACUGACAAGAUUUCAGAAGAUACCAGGAAAAAGAUCUUUGAUUGGUUUUGGAAACUAGGUUCAUACACAGCUCAGAAAGAGUUUGUAGUGUCAAGAGUGACUCAGGUAGCGACAAGGACAAGCAAGCGAAGACAGGUGCACAGACUGUUCUCAUUUGAAAUCAAUGGAAAGUAUGAAUCGGUCUGCAAACCGUUCUUUGCUAGGACAUUAGGGAUUGGUGAUAGCUACAUUUAUAAGGCCUUUGAGCAGAAGGCUCGUGAUCUGUUUGUACAGGACGGGAGAGGAAAGCAUGCUCCUGUUAAUAAGACAUCUCUGGAACAGGUUGAAACUAUGCACAGUCAUUUAGACAGGCAUCUGGUUGAAUAUCCAACCAAUCAACCACUGCCCAAAAAUGUUCAUGCUGUGAAAUGGUAUGAUGAGUAUGUUGUUUGCUGUACUGAAGAGGGCAAGAAACCUGUGUCUAAACAUAUCUAUCGAAAGAUAUUUCAGGAUUAUACAAAGAGAUUUCCGCCGCAACCAGAGAAGAAGAAAGUAGAUCAGUCGUCACAGGAUAAACCAGAGAACAGAAAAGGAGCUAUGUCAUGGGACACAGAGCCAGUAGCAGGACCUAGCUCAGACAUAGCCUCUCGACGAAUGACCAUAGAAAAUUCUCUAAAUAAGUAAAUAAAUAAAUACAAAAAAAAACAUGAAAUGGUUAGAAGGACCUAGCUCAGACAGGGCCUCUCAACAAAUAACCAUAGAAAAUUCUCUUAACAAGUCAAUACAAAAGCUAAAUAAAAUGGUUAGAUGGACCUACAUGUGUAGUUCAGACAGAGCCUCUCAACAAAUAAAGAUGGAGAACAGUUUAAUCAAAGCUUUACACCAUUUCCAAACAACUACGGUAUAGCUGGAAAAAUCUGAAAUAUUGGAUGGGCAAUAGAUGGCAUUUUGAAAUGCAAUGUUGUAUGGAAAUUGUUAAACAACAUGUUGUGUUUGAUAAUCAUUUUUUUGCAAUUAUAAUACUUUAUAACCAGACUGCUUUAACAAAGCUUUUGCUCUUUUUAUUACAUUCUCAUUGUGCUUGAAUACAGCAAGACAUUUAAUUGAAGAAAAAAAAUGUGCCAAAUUAUGUAAUAGUGGAUAUGACUAUGACGUCAUUGAUUGAUAAUUAAACACAGUUCUGUUUGCACCUACUGAAGUAUUUAAAUGUUAGUCCUGCACCAGUACAUGUAUGUAACUGUUAGUCCGGCUAAAUUUAAAAAAAGAUAACUCUAUGAUGAUGAUAUGAUCUUUUGCGAUUUUCAAAAGGAAUUAAAGUAUUAUUUUUCAAUAAAUUGCUUUAUAAAAAUCACUUUAGAAAUGUGAAUAGAAAGAUAAAGUAACUACAAUUGCACUUUUCACAUUUCCUAAUACUAUCUGGUUAUUUUUCAAAGUCAGUUGAUCAUCAACUAAUCUUACAGCACUUUUACAUAGUUUAUCUUUUGAAAUAAACCCAUUAAAAGUCUACAGAGCGCAUUUUAUACAUGUAUAAGUUCUCUGCCUAAAACACCUUUUUGAUCUUGGAAGAGUGAAGUCUUCUCUUAGAAUGGUAUUUACAGAAUAUGAAUUCUAAUAAUUUUUCAAGCUUCACGUUCUUGUUUUGGUUCGAGAACAUGCCAAGUUAUCAAUUAUAUAUAUUAUUAAUUACUUGUUAAAUAUAACAUAUUAGUUAUGAUGUUUUUAUUUUAAAGUUUUAAUGAUAAGCUUUUUUAAUGAUUUGUUAUUUUGUUUCAGACAUUGUAAAAAUUCAAAAUAUACAACUUUUAGCACAUGAUAAGUGAUGUCUUGAAUAUUUUUGCAUUCUAUUUCGUGUGCAGAGAAACGUACAUAAUGAUUUUCCUCGGUAGUUCAAUAACAUCAAUAAUUGACAUUUACAGUGAAGAACACUACUUUUACUACUUACUUAUUUUAUCAGAGGGAAGACUGUAUUGAUGAAUUUUAUGUAAAAAGUUGUACAUAUCAUGAUAUGUAAAAGUAUGUACAUGAAUCCCAUAUCUGAAUCUUUUCUUUUACUCUUAAGCAUUAUUGAGACACAUCAGGAGCAAACAAUAUUAUAUAAGGAUAUCAGGGAGUAUAAGUGUAAUACUUUACUUGUUAGCUCACCUUAGCACAUAGUGCUAAGCAUGAGCUAUUGUGAUAUUGGCGAUUGUCGGUCUUUGUCUGUCCGCCUGUCGUCAAAAGUUUCCUUCAAACAGCUUCUACUUCUAAACCACUGGGACAAUUUCAACCAAAUUUCCCGGGAAUGUUCCUUGGGUGGUUCUCUUCCAGAUUCCUGUCUAUAAAAGAGGUUCCUUACAGAAUUUGGUUGCCAUUGAUAGCGAAAGGAAAAGCUUGAUCUCCAAAUAAUUUCAUAGAAAUGUUCCCCUGUAUCAAAUUCCUACACCCCAUGUUGGUUUUUAAAAAAAUGGCUUCCAGGGGGUAGGGCUUCUUUUCAGUAUACGUCUAGAUGAAAAACUUUGAAAAUCUUCUCAGAAUCUCCUGACGCUACAUUAAAAUAAUUUCGCAGAAAUGCUCCUUGAAAAUCUCUUUUGUUGACCCGAUUUCAAAAUAAAUUCACAAAAAUGAUCCUAAUGUGACCCUCUGUCAAAUUCCUUUACCUCGCCAUGAUUAAGAACAACAUUGGGUCUAUAUUUCUUUAUAUAACUCUAUGGAAAACUUGCAAAAUCUUUUCUUCAGAAACUGUUGGCUUGAUUUCAAAAUCUUUUCACAGAAAUUUUCCUUAUGUGUCUUUUUUUACCAAUUUUUUUUAUUUUUUUUUUUUAUAAUUAUUUUAUCGUUUUACAAUCAUUAAAGAUAUCAACUUCAAACUUCAUGAGUCACAGUAACAAUGUUUUGUGAUAAGUUAUAUAACUCCAACAUAAAUAUUUUAAGAGUAAUGGCCCCUUGUAACUUUUUAAACAAAUACAUAUUUUUUAUGCCCAGUUUUAAAAAAGGGGGACACAUUUAAGUUUCAACUGCGGUGUAUGGGCGGGGGGCGUCCAGUAUGUUUUUCGAUCAAUUACUUUAGAACCCUUAAUCCAAUCAGGUGAGUGAUAUAGGGACAUCUUGUUUUUAGUAAUUUAAGGUUAAUGUGUACCUUUACAACUACCUUUUAACUAAUGUUUUGCUUUUUUGCCUUUUGUUAUGGAGAAUUCCUCUAUUAUUCAGUUUUCGUUCAAGUUUUAGUACUUGGACUCUUCCUUUUCUUUUAUUUGUUAAAAAAAAAUAACCGAAUUAAAGGACUUCGCUAUUUUAAUUGUGCAAUUUUAACUAUAAAAAGAUAUUGAGUACGGUACUUAUAUUUUGUUUGUGAAGCUUUAACUGCCUUUUAUGAUCAGCUUAUGGAAGGGCUCUCUCAUGCUCUAUAUACUCUUGCGCACAGUGGUCACAAAUUGGCUCAGAGAGAGCAAUAUUUGAUAAGCACAUAGAGUGCUGAUUUUCUACCUUCUGUACCCUGUGCGUAGGAGUGUAUAUGGUCAGAGAUGGAAAAUGUUUAUUCCGUGCAUAAAGUGAACAAACUGUCACAUUGACAAUAGUAUUAAACGUUGUCUGUAGAAGUUAAACUAAAGAUUUUGUUAUUAUUAAAUAUUAAGAAUAUGACGAACAAUACUUCAUUUUUUUCGGAAAGUGCUAUUGAAGCUAUUAAAAUUGGAUGAUUUAAGGUUUAAAUCUAGGAAGUUCUGUUCAAAUGACUAUCAGUUUCUAUUUGGUGUAUUUUCAUAAAAAAUAAUUGAAAUAAUCCAAUUUGAACACUGUGAAAUGUAAGAGAGAUUUCCUGGAACAUUUUCCAGGUUUCAUUAAUGAUUGUUUCGUAUACAUUUACCAUUCUUUAACUAUCCAGCAUGUUGUCUGUUUAUGCAUGGUCAAUGUGUUUUAUUUUUCACACUUCCUGUAUUUUUGUGAAGAAUUUUACAUAAUUGUACAAACAUAUUUGUAAAGAUUUACAUUUAAUAUUCUCUUAUAUGUGAAUUCAUUUUUAUUUGAACAUCGUUAAAUAGACUAGUUUUGUUCUGACAUUUAAAUGAAUAAACAUAUUAAACCUA